CCAGGCAGAUGCGAUCCAGCGGCUCCAGGGCAGCAGCGGCAGUAGCAGCUGGCACCUCCCGGCGCUGCCGCUGUCCGGAGGGUCGCGGGGCAACGCGGCACCUUCCAGCCGCCCUCCGGCCAGCCUAUCCGAAGCUGCGGAGGCUGCCGAUGGGUGAGAACGGGGCAGCAAGAUUUCAGGCUCUCCUGCCCUGACUGCUUUCAUUCUGCUGCUGCCACUGGGGUGCUUUGGUAGUGCCUGAGAACUCUGAGAAGAGACGCGGGAGAAGAGCAAGGAUACUGCUUCAAACUUGCGCUGCGGAGGCUUGAGCCUCCGCUUCACAGCGGGGGCUCAGUUCAAGCCUAGAAGUUUAGCUAGCGGUGCAAUCCAAAGACUUCCUGCUCCGGAGGGUCGCAGGAGGGUGCAGGAGAAAGCAGUCUCCGCCAUCGCCACCCCUUCCUCCCCUUCCUUCAAGGGGCGUGAGGCUCGGAGGAGCCCAAAGAUGUGCAGCAGCCGUCCAGGACAGCAGACAACAGCUCGGAGCCACUGUAUCCAGCUGGAAAGUUGAGUUUUGGAGGCCAGUCGAGAGCGGACAGACCACAGAUCAGGCCAUGGGAGGCAGGAGAGGACAGUACCCAAUUGCCACCUACCUUCAACCAUAGUAGUUUCUCUCCUUCCAGAGGGCAGCGAGCUACAGACGCGGGGCGCGGGGCCGCGUCACAAAAGAGGCACAGGGUCUCGGCUGCUUAGCCCAGUGCACUUCAGGGUUUCUUGACACGUCCCUGAGCGUUCAGCCCCGUUUUACUGAGACUCCUGCUGGGCUCCGUGCAGUGGGAGGAAAGCGAGAGAACCGAGUGCACGCAUAAUUCCAUAGAAAUCAGGUGGAAGGAGCCUUCAGGACCAAGGACUGUUUGGAGCCUCUUCUCAGUUGGGAAGAGAAGGGCGAGGCUGGAUUCCGGAGAGUCUGGAGACUAAUAUAAAUAACCUUUCUGGCGGGAUGGGAGCCAUAGGACUCUUAUGGCUGCUGCUGCCUCUGCUUUCAGCGGCAGCCUCUGGCCCUGGGGCCGAGAGCGGGACCAACCAGAGCGUGGGCUCACUGGCCAUGGGGUCUGCGCUGCAGCCCCGGGAGCCGCUUAGCUACUCGCGCCUGCAGAGGAAGAGCCUAGCGGUGGACUUCGUGGUGCCCUCGCUCUUCCGCGUCUAUGCCCGGGAGCUACUGCUGCCGCCGCCAUCCCCCUCGCAGCCAAAGGCUAGCCGGCUGGAAGCGCACAGCUCGCUGGCUCUAGAUUGCGCCCCAUUGCUGAGGCUAGUGGGGCCACCCCCCGGAGUUAGAACCGCCGAAGCCAGCUCGCCAGCCCCGGCACGGACGCUGUCCAGGGUGCUGAAGGGCGGCUCGGUUCGCAAGCUACGGCGGGCCAAGCAGCUGGUGCUAGAGUUGGGAGAGGAGGCGAUUCUUGAGGGCUGUGUCGGGCCCCCAGAGGAGGCGACUGCAGGGCUGCUCCAGUUCAACCUCAGCGAGCUGUUCAGCUGGUGGAUUCGCCAUGGCGAAGGGCGGCUGAGGAUCCGCCUGAUGCCUGAGAAGAAGGCGUCGGAAGUGGGCAGAGAGGGAAAGCUGUCAGCAGCGAUCCGAGCCUCUCAGCCCCGCCUUCUCUUUCAGAUCUUCAGGAUGGGUCACAGCUCCUUAGAGUCACCGACAAACCUGCCUUCUCCUGUUCCUGAUUCUUUUGCAUGGAAUCUGACCUGGAUAAUGAAAGAUUCCUUCCCUUUUCUGUCUCAUCGCAGCCGAUAUGGGCUGGAGUGCAGCUUUGACUUCCCCUGUGAGCUGGAGUACUCCCCUCCACUGCACGACCUCGGGAACCAGAGCUGGUCCUGGCGCCGUGUCCCCUCGGAGGAGGCCUCCCAGAUGGACCUGCUGGACGGACCCGAGGCAGAGCAUUCCAAGGAGAUGCCCAGAGGCUCCUUCCUCCUCCUCAACACCUCAGCAAACUCCAAGCAUACCAUCUUGAGCCCGUGGAUGAGGAGUAGCAGCGAGCACUGCAGGCUGGCCGUCUCCGUGCACAGGCACCUGCAGCCUUCCGGGAGGUACGUCGCCCAGCUGCUGCCGCACAACGAGGCUGGAAGAGAGAUCCUCCUGGUACCCACUCCGGGGAAACAUGGCUGGACGGUGCUGCAGGGAAGAAUUGGGCGCCCGGAGAACCCGUUCCGAGUGGCCCUGGAGUACAUCUCAAGCGGAAACCGAAGCUUGUCUGCAGUGGACUUCUUUGCCCUGAAGAACUGCAGUGAAGGGACAUCCCCAGGCUCCAAGAUGGCCUUGCAGAGUUCCUUCACUUGCUGGAACGGGACAGUCCUCCAGCUUGGCCAGGCCUGCGACUUCCACCAGGACUGCGCCCAGGGAGAAGACGAGGACCAGCUCUGCAGUAAGCUCCCUGCUGGUUUCUACUGCAGUUUCGAGGAUGGCUUCUGUGGCUGGUCCCAAGGAACACUCUCACCCCACGCGCCCCAGUGGCAGGUCAAGACCCUAAAGGAGGCCCGGUUCCAGGACCACCAAGGCCACGCCCUGUUGCUCAACACCACUGAGGUCCCCACUUCCGCGAGUGCCACCGUGACCAGCUCCACGUUUCCCGCACCGAUGAAGAACUCUCCAUGCGAGCUCCGAAUGUCCUGGCUCAUCCAGGGAGUCUUGCGGGGAAACGUCUCCUUGGUGCUGGUGGAGAACAGAACCGGGAAGGAGCAGAGCAGAAUGGUCUGGCACGUUGCCACAAAUGAAGGCCUGAGCCUGUGGCAGUGGACGGUGCUGCCUCUCCUUGACGUGGCUGACAGGUUCUGGCUGAAGAUUGUCGCAUGGUGGGGACAAGGAUCCAGAGCCACCGUGGCUUUUGACAAUAUCUCCAUCAGCCUGGACUGCUACCUCACCAUCAGUGGGGAGGACAAGAUGCUGCAGAAGACAGCACCCAAGUCAAGAAAUCUGUUUGAGAGAAACCCCAACAAGGAGAUGAAACUCUGGGAAAAUACACCAAGAGAGACCCCCAUCUUUGACCCUACAGUUCACUGGCUAUUUACCACGUGUGGGGCCAGUGGGCCCCACGGCCCCACGCAGGCCCAGUGCAACAAUGCCUACCGGAACACCAACCUGAGCGUGGUGGUGGGGAGUGAGGGCCCCCUCAAGGGCAUCCAGACCUGGAAAGUGCCAGCCACCGACACCUACAGCAUCUCGGGCUACGGCGCUGCCGGCGGGAAAGGCGGCAGGAACACCAUGAUGAGGUCCCACGGCGUGUCUGUGCUGGGCAUCUUCAACCUGGAGAAGGACGACACGCUGUACAUCCUGGUCGGGCAGCAGGGGGAGGACGCCUGCCCCAGCACAAACCGAUUAAUCCAGAAAGUCUGCAUUGGAGAGAACAACGUGAUAGAGGAAGAAAUCCGCGUGAACAGAAGCGUGCACGAGUGGGCAGGAGGGGGCGGAGGAGGGGGCGGAGCCACCUACGUAUUUAAGAUGAAGGACGGCGUGCCAGUGCCCCUGAUCAUUGCGGCUGGCGGAGGUGGCAGGGCCUACGGGGCCAAGACGGACACGUUCCACCCCGAGAGGCUGGAGAAUAACUCCUCAGUUCUAGGGCUCAACGGCUACUCCGGAGCCGCAGGUGGUGGAGGUGGCUGGAAUGAUAACACUUCCUUGCUCUGGUCUGGAAAAUCUUUGCUGGAGGGUGCCACCGGAGGACAGUCCUGCCCCCAGGCCAUGAAGAAGUGGGGGUGGGAGACCAGAGGGGGUUUCGGAGGGGGUGGAGGGGGGUGCUCCUCAGGUGGAGGAGGCGGAGGAUAUAUAGGCGGCAACGCAGCCUCAGACAAUGACCCUGAGAUGGACGGAGAGGAUGGGGUGUCCUUCAUCAGUCCCCUGGGCAUCCUGUACACCCCGGCUUUAAAAGUGAUGGAAGGCCACGGGGAGGUGAACAUUAAGCACUACCUCAACUGCAGCCACUGCGAGGGCGACGAGUGCCACCUGGACCCCGAGAGCCAUCAGGUCAUCUGCUUCUGCGACCAUGGCACCGUGCUGGCUGAGGACGGGGUCUCUUGCGUUGUGUCGCCCACCCCCGAGCCCCGCCUGCCACUCUCACUCAUCCUCUCCGUCGUGACCUCUGCCCUCGUGGCCGCCCUCGUCCUGGCGUUCUCCGGCAUCAUGAUCGUGUACCGCCGGAAGCACCAGGAGCUGCAAGCCAUGCAGAUGGAACUGCAGAGCCCCGAGUACAAGCUGAGCAAGCUCCGCACCUCAACCAUCAUGACCGACUACAACCCCAACUACUGCUUUGCGGGCAAGACCUCGUCCAUCAGUGACCUGAAGGAGGUGCCACGGAAAAACAUCACCCUCAUUCGGGGUCUGGGCCAUGGUGCGUUUGGGGAGGUGUAUGAAGGUCAGGUGUCUGGAACGCCCAACGACCCGAGCCCCCUGCAAGUGGCGGUAAAGACGCUGCCUGAGGUGUGUUCCGAGCAGGACGAGCUGGAUUUCCUCAUGGAAGCCCUGAUCAUCAGCAAAUUCAAUCACCAGAACAUCGUGCGCUGCAUCGGAGUGAGUCUGCAGGCCCUGCCCCGGUUCAUCCUGCUGGAGCUCAUGGCGGGAGGGGACCUCAAGUCCUUCCUCCGGGAGACCCGCCCUCGCCCGAACCAGCCCUCCUCCCUGGCCAUGCUGGACCUUCUGCACGUGGCCCGGGACAUUGCCUGCGGCUGCCAGUACUUGGAGGAAAAUCACUUCAUCCACCGGGACAUUGCUGCCAGGAACUGCCUCUUGACCUGUCCGGGCCCUGGAAGAGUAGCCAAGAUUGGAGACUUCGGAAUGGCCCGGGACAUCUACAGAGCGAGCUACUACCGAAAGGGCGGCUGUGCGAUGCUGCCCGUGAAGUGGAUGCCCCCAGAGGCCUUCAUGGAAGGAAUAUUUACAUCCAAAACAGACACGUGGUCCUUCGGAGUGCUGCUGUGGGAAAUAUUCUCUCUUGGAUACAUGCCGUACCCCAGCAAGAGCAACCAGGAGGUCCUGGAGUUUGUCACCAGCGGAGGACGGAUGGACCCCCCGAAGAACUGCCCUGGGCCUGUAUACAGGAUAAUGACCCAGUGCUGGCAGCACCAGCCCGAGGACAGGCCCAACUUCGCCACCAUCCUGGAGAGGAUCGAAUACUGCACCCAGGAUCCAGAUGUGAUCAACACGGCCUUGCCAAUAGAAUACGGCCCACUCGUGGAGGAGGAGGAGAAAGUGCCCGUGAGGCCCAAAGACCCUGAGGGAGUCCCUCCUCUCUUAGUCUCUCCCCCCGCAGGGAAAGGGGGGGACAGGCAGGACCCAGCCGCCCCGGCCCCCCUGCCCUCCACUUCCUCGGGCAAGGCGGUGAGGAAGCCACCGGCGGCAGAGGUCAACGUUCGAGUCGCCAGAGGGCCGGCUGUGGGAGGGGGACACGUUAACAUGGCAUUCGCUCAGUCGAAUCCGCCAUCUGAGCUGCACAAAGUCCAGCGAUCCCGAAACAAGCCAACCAGCCUGUGGAACCCAACCUACGGCUCGUGGUUCACAGAGAAACCUGCCAGGAAGGCCCGCCCUCCAGCACAGAAGGAACCCGAGAGGGGAGGCCCGGGGCCCGGGGGCCCCAUCCCACCCAGCGCUGCAGCGGGAAGAGUCCCCGGGGCUUCCCUGCUCCUGGAGCCAUCCUCGCUGACUGCCAGCGUGAAGGAGGUGCCCCUGUUCAGGCUGCGUCACUUCCCGUGUGGCACUGUCAACUACGGCUACCAGCAGCAGGGCCUGCCCCUAGAGGCCGCCGCCCCCGGGGCCAGUCACUACGAGGACACGGCCCUCCAAAGCCAGCCUGGGCCCUGAGCCGGGCCCUCGCCUCUUUUCCUGGGGAACCCUGAGCCCAUGGAGGGGGGCGGGCCACGGCUCCUCCACACGCCAGACCAAACGCCACUUUUCCUUUCGUGCCAACUUGUUUUGAAGAGCCACAUCAAAGCUGUAUUUUCCAAAUGCUUUCGAGAGGUUUUGAGCAUGGGUUCAUCCUAUCAUUUCAAAAGAAAAACAUGUCAUACAGACAAGUGGGAGGUACGAGGCCCGGAUUUGGCUGCAUAAGGUUGUCGUGCGCGGCUGAGGCCCACGUCCUCGGGCCUCCACAGCUGGGGGGGGUCAGACGAGCUGCUCACUCACGAGGCCCGCACCUGGAGCCAGGGAUGCGCCCUAACCUGGGUGCUGUGGACUGGACCACUGGGGGGGCGGGGGG